AUGGCUUACUUUCCAUCUUCUGGAACCAUUAGCUUUGGUGAACUACUUAGUUCACAAACACAAACUGUUUCGUUUGGAAACAUCCCAUCUCUAGGUAGUCUAGGAACCGAAGCUUCUCACAAACCACAACACGUUGAUGGAGACACUGCUGCUGCACGAAAAGAACGAAGGAAAUGGAGCCAAGGGGAUGACAUUGUUCUCAUCAGCGCGUGGUUGAACACGAGCAAAGAUGCUGUGGUGGGCAACGAGCAGAAAGCAGGGACCUUUUGGGACCGAGUUACUGCAUACUAUACGGCAAGUCCUCACUCUGCUGGCAGCUUGGCGAGAAAGACGGGUGACUGCAAGCAGCGUUGGCACAAGAUCAAUGAUUUUGUGUCCAAGUUCUGUGGAUCAUACGCAGCAGCUACAAGAGAGAAAAGCUCCGGCCAAAAUGAGGUUGAUGUUCUCAAAAAAGCACAUCAAAUUUUCUUGAUCAAUCACAAGAAGAAGUUUACUCUUGAACACGCAUGGAGGGAGCUGCGGUAUGACCAGAAGUGGUGUGAGCUUAGUCACAACGAUGACAAGAAGAAUAAGAGGAAGAAUGAGGAAGACGCGGAUUCAGUUCCCUCUGAAGCAAGUGGAAGCAAGCGUCCACCGGGUGUGAAGGCUGCAAAGGCAGCGCUCAAGAACAAGGCUGUGGUGCAUGAGAUUGUGGAUGUUGAGAAGUAUGAGAGGAUGUGGACAAUCAAAGAGAAGGAUUUGGCUGCCAAACAGAAGGAUUUAGCCGCCAAAGAACAUUUGUCUAAGAUGAAUAUGCUUGAGAAUCUCCUUGGAAGAAAAGAGCCCUUAGCUGAUUACGAAGAAGUCCUCAAGAAGAAGCUUAUCAGUCAAUUGUUCUCUAGUGAGAGAGGACACAGAGAUGUCACGAGAGUGGAGAGUGGUCACAAGAGUGUCCUUGAGUUCAGAGUGUCAUCGUAUUGUUGUAUUUGA